GCUCACCCGGAAGUCUCAUCGUCAUUGUUGCCAUCACUUGCCGCUUGCUGGCGGCUGGCGCUUGUAGCCCCUCAAGAGACUGAAGCACACACAACGGUCGGGGCACACAGGGCCAGAGCUAGGUAGCGCGUCGGCCGGCCCCCCGGCUCUCGUCCCUGGUCGAGCUAUGGGGCGCGAGGCGGCAACGACGAGGCCGAAGCUGCGGAGGGGGCUGUGGUCGCCCGAGGAGGACGAGAAGCUCUACAACCACAUCAUCCGCUACGGCGUCGGCUGCUGGAGCUCAGUCCCAAAGCUCGCAGGCUUGGAGCGAUGUGGCAAGAGCUGCAGGCUGCGAUGGAUCAACUACCUGAGGCCUGAUCUCAAGAGGGGAAGCUUCUCCCAGCAGGAGGAGGACCUCAUCAUCAAUCUCCACCAAAUUCUAGGCAACAGGUGGUCCCAGAUCGCUUCGCAGCUGCCCGGCCGGACGGACAACGAGAUCAAGAACUUCUGGAACUCAUGCAUCAAGAAGAAGCUCCGGCAGCGGGGUAUCGAUCCCACCACCCACAAGGCGCUCAACGACGACGUCGCCACUACCGAGGCGCCGCAAGACGACUCCAAGCAGCUCCCGGCCGACGACCAAUGCUUUGCCAUCGGCGGCGACCCUCUCGCGCCGCACUCCCCAACCGUCAGCUUCGACCCCCUGUCCGUGACCAACGUCCCAGCAAUGCAGACGGGCUCCUACGGCGCCGCGAACUCCUUCCGGUCCGACGUCCUCUGUGACUACAGUGGCAGCGUCGUCGACGUCGUCUCUGAUGCCGCCACGUAUAGUGCCUACACUGGUGGCGGAGACAGCUCCUGCAACAGCAACAGCACCUGGACCUGCGGCAAUGUGGUCGGCGGUGAGCCGAUGCCACACAUAGACAUGUUCGGCCGGGACGGCGAUGCGUACCCGUUCGAUCCCGCAAAGUUCAGCCCCUGGCACCACGACCCGCAGCAGCAGCAUUCAGCAGUGAGGCUCAACGACAACGACAACGCCAGCGCAGCCGCCAGCUUCCCGAUCCGGUCGAUGUCGCGGGACCUGCCGGAUUCCUGCUUUGACCUCGCUCGCGGCGCGCUGGAGGAUGAGUUCAGCGUCGACUUCCUCUGACUCCGACGCCGAGAGGUAGAUGUCCAUCAGUCAGACAGUCACUCGACAGACACACAAAUACACACACUUCACUACUACCUCAGAAGAUCACCCAACAAAGACACUCAGGAAGCAUCCCGUCUGGCACGAUCGUUUUUAUUUUCAUUCGCCUGGUCCAACUUAUUUGGAUCAAGUUGUUGAAUUAACACGUUGGUAUACUGUGUUCAUAAUAAGCGUUAUUAUAUACCCAAUUUACGGGCAAAGUAUUUUGUAUGAAAUUAAUAGCUACAUUCAAGCUAUUUAAUC